AUUUAAAAAUACGAUAGGGUAAAUACAAUUGACAAAAUACAAUGUUGCAAAACUAAAUGUUUUGACCCGAAACGGGACAGAUACACCAGAUGCGUUCAUUAGAAAAUUUGUAUAAUAAAAGCAGAAAAAUUGAAGUAUUUUUUUAUUGAAAAAUGUCGAAAGGAAACAUCCAAGUGUCUUCAUCGAUUGCUACUACUGACGAACCAGAAUCUCGUCCAGAUGUUAUUACAAAAUACCGUACUACUGCUGAUAUUACAAAUGAAGUUUUAAAGCAGGUCAUUGCUCGCUGUGUUUCUGGCGUCGAUGUUCAUACUUUAUGCAAUUUUGGUGAUUGUCUUAUUGAAGAAAAAGUAGAAAAAGUUUAUGCAAAACGUGAAUCGAAUCAAAAGAUAAAAAAAGGAGUUUCCUUCCCGACAUGCAUUAGUGUCAACGAAAUGGUCAGCAAUUUCUCACCAUUGCCAGCAGAUACCAUUAAAUUAGCAGCGGGAGAUCUUGUUAAAAUUCAAUUAGGUGCGCAUAUUGAUGGGUACAAUACUCUGGUAGCCCACUCCAUUGUUGUGGGUGAACCUGAGAUCGUAGGACGUAAAGCUGACGUUCUUCGAGCAGCUUGGAAUGCUGCUGAGGCUGCUUUAAGAACCAUCGAAGUUGGAGUCGACUCUACAAAAGUUACAGAUGUUAUGAAACGCUGUGUAGAGCCUUUUAAAUGUAAACUCGUUGAUCAUGUUAUGUGUCGCCAACUAAAACAACAUGUCAUUGAGGCUCUUAAAUCUUUCCCUCUUCAAGGAUCCACGGAUGAGCGUGUAACUCCUGUUGUAUUUGAAAUGUAUGAAGUCUAUGGUAUUAAUGUCGUCGUUUCUACUGGAGAAGGAAAGAGUAAACCUUCUGAUUAUCGAACCUGCAUAUUCUGUCGUAAUGUUGAACAAAACUAUGUUUUAAAGACGCCUAUGGGAAGACAGUUUUUAAGGGAGGUUACAACACGUUUUCCUACACUCCCUUUCGCUACUCGUUCUAUUCAAAAUGAAAAACUCUGCUGUUUGGGUCUUUCUGAAUGCCAACGUCAUGAACUUCUUGAAGCCUAUCCUGUGUUAACUGAACGUUCUGGCGAGUUUGUCGCUCAAUUUCAAUUCACUGUUAUGCUUUUACCUGGAGGAGCAAAACGCGUUACAGGAUUACCUUUUGCUCAAGAAGCUACUACUAAAUCAAGUUUUUCAAUAACCGAUCCCGCCCUUCUCAGUUUAUUAGCGAAAUCGCUGAACCCUAAGAAAAAAAAACAUCAGAAGAAAGCUUUGAAAGAAUCUGAUACUCUCAAUGAAGAAAGUCAAUAAGUAUUUGAUGACCCUUAAAUUACUUCGGUGAUCUUUUACAAAAGUUCAUAUACCUAAUACAAGUCUCAAAUGAAACAUACUCCAUAAAUUGAAAAUUAUUUUUCAAUGCAUUUACCACGUUUUGUUUAAAGCACAAAAAAUCAUUGUUUUAAUUUCAGAAAAAACUAGUAAAUGCAGAAAAAUACAAUUUUCUGAACAGUCGACUUUUUUAAAUAAAAAUGGUAUUUGAUCAUUGAUAUUUUAAAUAUCUCAUUUUCUUGCAAUGUCAUCAAUUUUAUGUAUUAUUCCUUCUAUUUCGUUCCUUUCAUAUGAACAUUGGAUUUCUCAUUAUUUUAAUGAUCUUGAACAGGACUAUUUUUUUAUCUGUUUCUCGUCUUGAAAACCCACUCUGUUUAUAUAAAUGAGCAUUUUCAUUUUAAUAAUAAAACUGCUGAUCUUUUCUUUAUUUUUACACGAGUGUAGCGCCAUUUUUUCUUUUUUUAUCAGGAGUCAACAACAAUAGUAAAUGUUUAUUUUUAGUAUCAGUGAACGGAAAAAGAAAAAAAAUACUCAUCUUUUUAGUCAAUCUGCUUUUAGACAUAUACCAGCGUCCUUGAAAUGUUUCGUUUCAACAUACACC